AUGGAACCGGUUCAGCUUUGGUCUGCGCAGACGGACCGGUCCGCUGACAAGACCCUAACGAAUGAUGAGCAGUCACGUAACUUGCCCGCUCAGGGUUUAAAAGAGACUCUGCGAGUACUGGACCGCAGUGCACAAGACGACGUAUUUACGCAGCUUAUUUGGAACUGGCCGUUUGCUUUAGAACGUCGCUUGGUGUACGCAGCGAUAAUUACUGUAAACUCCUGUACUGGAGUCUCGGCUUUGGCUAUUGGGCACGUGUUGCGGAAGGAGUUUCUCCUCGGUCGACUGGCACGCAUUCAAGGUGCGGUCACCGCUUAUGCACUGUCGACCAUGUUCAGUACCAUCGGUCACUACUAUUUAGUUUUUCGACCUAUGGUCACCACGCUGGCUUCCGAGUCCGGCAGUGUCAGUUCGCUGUGCCCGGUGUGUUUGGAGCUGCGUCAGUUGGCCAUCAACACUGUUUGUGGCAUCGCUUUUCCCAUGGUUACUGGGCCGCUCAGUUGCCUGUUUAUUGUGUCCUACUGUGAUUUGUACAAUCUUCCUCGAAUGCGUAACUUUUCGCGAUGGUCGCGCUUUGUCUGGUCAAAAAUAAGACCAGUUGGAUCCAUCCUUCCGUGGCUGUUGGUCGCUAAUGCCGCAUUCAGCACUGUCUGUGUCUACGGCGAGUACAAGCUUUCAACACGUAUUAUUGAUGCUGCUCAAGCCGAUCCGGAAAUCUUUCUUCACCUGAGCACCCAUAAGGUAGCCAGAUCGACCUUUGGUUAUUGGCUGUCUCGUCUGCUUUCGUUGCCUACAAGAAAGAAGAACUCGUAG